AGAUCUUCUUAUAGUUUGAAUCAGUAUCUGGACGGGAUCAUCCCGAUCCCACCCUACUAGUCACACGGUCGUAUAGCUAACAGCCAAACAUAUCGCUAGUUACAGAGAGAGGCUCAUCGACUGAUCGUCUGUGAUCGACAUUCUACAUCCUCAGCCUCCGCCCUUCGCUUGGACUCCUGCCCCUUCUCUGACUUUUAUCUUACGCCUUCGCCCUCCGCCUUUCCGAUCAUACUCAAACAACUGUAGCAGAAUAACAGCUUCGAUCAGAGGUUUCCAUGGCUCCCAUUGCUCCCAGAUCUGGAGAUGCCAUUUUCGCCAAUGUAGAACGAGUGAAUGCAGAGCUCUUUACUCUAACGUACGGCGCGAUUGUGCGCCAACUGAUCAUCGAUCUGGAGGAGGUUGAUGAAGUCAACAAGCAGCUUGAUCAAAUGGGGUACAACAUUGGAGUUAGGCUUAUUGAUGAGUUUCUUGCAAAGUCCAACGUAUCUAGAUGUGUGGAUUUCAAGGAAACUGCUGAAGUCAUUGCGAAGGUUGGUUUGAAAAUGUUCUUAGGUAUUACAGCGUCCGUGACCAAUUGGGAUGCCGAGGGAACAACAUGCAGUCUUAUUCUAGAGGACAACCCACUGGUGGACUUUGUUGAGCUUCCUGAUACUUGUCAAGGUCUUUACUAUUGCAAUAUCUUAAGUGGAGUUGUUAGAGGUGCACUUGAGAUGGUGUCAAUGAAAACUGAGGUCACUUGGAUCCGUGACAUGCUUCGAGGGGAUGAUGUGUUCGAGUUACAGUUGAAGUUGAUUAAGCAGGUUCCUGAGGAGUACCCUUAUAAGGAUGAUGAGUAGCGUGCUUAAUUUAUGCUCAGUAAUAUGUGUAUGCAACUUAUCAAGUUCUGUGAUUGUCCUCCAAGUAGUGCGGCAUUGCACUUUACUUUUAACCCUAAUCAGUGAUCUUACCUGCCCGAUCUUCUCAGUUUCUCAAAUAUCCGUGUAUGUGGACUCACUGAGUCACUGUUGCACAUUGUUACGAAGUUUGUAUUCCAUUAGAUGUAAAAAGCGGGUGAGAUUAUUCGUUAUGAUUUACUCCGUAUUAUGCAGCAGACAACGUGAAAAUCGGGACACUGCUGCAGACAUUUAUUAAUGGAAACUAGGAAUUCUACCAUGCCUUGUGAUGCCUUCCCGUUUUUUAUUUGUUUAAGUUUAGUUAUUGUGUCGAC